ACGCUGCCGCACAGCCCCCUGCGGUCGGGUUCGGGACCGAGCUGCGCGUGACCGGCGCCGCGCGCGAGCGCCAUGAGCGCGCUCCCGGGCCAGUGACAGGCUCGGGGAUGGAUUGUAGCUCUGUCUCGGGAAAGGGGCCGAAGCCCCCGCCGGAUCGCCGGCGGCUUCUGCUCUUCCUACUCGCCAGCCGCCACGGAAGCCUGGGCGGCCGCGGCGUUCCGGCACGCCGCUGCCUGUCCGCAUUCCCGGAAGGUCCGGGGGCGCUGGGCCCCCGAGUCCUAGGGUCCCGCGGCGCUUCCCGUGCCUCCGCGCUGCUCCCGUUGGUGCUGGUUCCCUCCCCACGCCUGGCCGCCGCCGCACAGCGCCGACCACUAGGAGACUGGGAGCGCUCGCGCCCGGAAACCUCGGCUACCCAAGCCGGUGGCCACGACAGCGGCGGCUCCGCACCGAGGGGCCAACUGGGCCCCGCCCUGGGCGUCGCUGGUGCCGCCCGCCUUCUCCACCUGUGCCAAGCCUGGGUGCCAGCCCUCGCUUCCUCGAGGAGAGAGCUAAGCCUCUCUGCCGGGUGCCCACAGCUGGAGCGCAGACACCGAGAUUUCACCUCUUCCGGGAGCAAGAAGCUCUACUUUGACACCCAUGCCUUAGUGUGUUUACUGGAAGAAAAUGGGUUUACUACUCAACAAGCAGAAAUCAUUGUAUCUGCCUUGGUCAAGAUCACAGAGGCCAACAUGGAUAUCGUCUACAAAGACAUGGUCACCAAGAUGCAACAGGAGAUCACUCUUCAGCAAAUAAUGUCUCAGAUUGCUAGUGUGAAAAAAGAUAUGAUUAUUUUGGAGAAGAGUGAAUUUUCAGCUCUCAGAGCAGAAAAUGAGAAAGUAAAACUUGAACUACUUCGGUUAAAACAACAAAUAAUGGAUGAAGUGGUGAAAGUCCGAACAGAUUCCAAACUAGACUUCAAUCUAGAAAAGAGCAGAGUAAAAGAAUUGUAUUCAUUAAACGAAAGGAAGCUGCUGGAAAUGAGGACAGAAAUGGUGGCAUUGCACGCCCAGCAAGACCGGGCUGUCACCCAGACGGACAGGAAGAUCGACACUGAGGUUGCUGGCCUCAAAACCAUGCUGGAGUCGCACAAGCUUGAUAAUAUUAAAUAUUUAGCAGGGUCUGUAUUUACAUGCCUAACAGUAGCUCUGGGAUUUUAUCGACUGUGGAUAUAAUAAAGUGUCUAUUUAAAAAGAUUGCUAUUGUUUUGCCCUAAGAAUACCAGAUUGUUGUGCUUUUCCCCUCCCAUUUCAACUUUUACCCCUGAUUUUCAUUUAAUACAUAUUAUGUAUUUUAUAUAAAUUAUGGACCUAUCACGAAGGCAAAGCAGUCAGGAAUUUCACAAUUGCUCCUUUCGCCCUUUCUGUUUGGUUGACUCUAUAAUGCUGAGUGGUGGUGGACAAAGCCUGGAAGACUCCACCAGCCGGAUCGGUGAACUUGGCCUAACCUGGGGACACACCAACAGUAAUUAUCUGUAUAACUCUACAGUUGUAAAUGUUUUGUCAAAUAGAGGAUUCGGGGUGAUAUUUAAAAGGCCCAUUGGCUUUACUAAGUGUUGAAGAAUUUCUGAAACUAAACCAGGAGCACCAAAUCCUCUGUACCUGCCACCGCAGCCCUUCCCAUCAGUCAGCCUCUGUGAGAGAGUGCUGCGUUUCAGCUCUGGCGGGCUCCCAUGUUGGUAGUACAGACGUACUUUACAUCCAGAGGAGGUUUUCUCUCUUAACUUCCACUGUCUACAUAAGUUACUGUUGUAGUUAUGUUUAUGUGCCUUCCAGCUAGAAAAUCUUGUUGCUUAAUGAAGUGUUGUAAUUGUAAUAGGGACUCUUGACCUCUAGGUUUCUCUUCCUCCCUCUCACUUGGUCAUUCUUCCUUUCCCUCAUAAUCUGAGCUAUAAUAAUGCUCCACUUGUGGCAUUGCCUACAUAGAAAGCUUGCUAUUUCUCGGUGUGGAUGGCCACUUCAGUUUGUGGGAUGGGGUGUACUUCCUUCUGGUCUUCUGUUCUUUAUAGAAGGGAGGCAGUCUGUUUUCCUUCUGUAGCAACAUCUAGAUACUUAGAUAAUGUAUGCAUUUUUUAGAAAUGUCUUUAAUGAAUAUGCCUUUGCGCAUUACAAGCUCAGAUUGUAUACUUUCAAAAUUAGCGAACUGUCAUGCCAGGUAUCAUCUGAGUUUAGGUGGAUUUCUUUGGCUGUUAUAGGUAUUCUCAUUCUUACCUUACUUCUAUAUUUAAAACAAAUAAAUUCCUACAUACAACUGUGGUUACUUUGGAAAAGCUCCUUCUCAUUUUAUUUAAAUGGCUGGCAGGUAGGAGAAAAUAAACAUCUCAGAAAAGAUGACAUCAAUAGGACCUUUUUCUUCUUUCUCCACGCGCACACAUCUGAACAUCGUCGGUGCAGAGGAGAAACCACGCAGGGGCUUCCUGACCAGACUGGUGGACUAAACCCGUGGUCACUCUCCCAACCACACUGGCGAGAAAAAGUUGCCUUUUGUCCUGUGGGUGUCAUGUCUGAACUGGAAAGUGUAGGUCUUUCUCUUUUUGGAAAAUAUUUAUGUAGCACGAAGAUUCUGAAUUCCAAGUAAGUAUGCAAAUCAAGUACUUUUGCAUUAGCGGUAUCAGUUUCCAAGUUAUUAAUUUAAUCUUUUCCAGCUAGAUAUGAAAUUAUCUUAACUGCUUCAGAAAAUAUUUUAUUGAUAUAUUCUUCCCCUUUUGGAGAAGGACCCCCAGAAAAUACUGCACAUUUAGCCAUUGCCUUAAGUACUUAAGACUUCUAAGUAGAUGGUAUCCCAUUAGGACCACAUUUGAGACUACUUAAUGCAGAUGUAACUGGUUAGUGGAGCUUAGAUAAAGGCCUUAGGCUGCAGAUACUCCUAUGAAAUAAAGAACACCCAAGGGAGAAAGUACUAUAUAUCAUUAUGUUUCAAAGCAAACACUAACUUGUAUAGGUUAAAAACAGUGAAGUGACCUUAUAUCCUGAUAAAAUGUUUUUAAAAUAUCAUUCAGGGAGGUGACAUUCUUUAACCUGCCCAAAGUACUCCAAAUGACAUUCCUACUGGUGAUAGUGGGCUGCAUCGGUCCAUCACUCAGUAUGAGCCAUUGAUUUUGCUGUAGAGUUCUUGGCGGUACGAAACUGUUUUUCUCCUCCAUCUCAGGAACAAUGAACUCCCCUUUUGAUGGAGUGGAUUGCGUGCUUAUAUGGGGGUUAAGAGGGUUUAGGACGAUGCUUUAUUUGGUCAAAUGUAUUCUAUCUGAAAAACGUAUGAGCCAAACAUACGCAUCCCCUUCCCACUGAUGGGCCAGACGUCUGUGAACAGUGUGAGCACUCGGUGACUGGACACAGUACGACCACUUGCUGAGCUAUCUCUGCUUAGAAGGAUUCAUAUCACUUUAGGAAGUUAAGCAUCAGCACUCAGACGGGGAAUGAUGCCUGUAAAAACUUCCAGAAAAUCUGUAACCAUAGCUAGAUCCUGAAAACAUACCUCUCUAGGUACAGGUGCUUCAGCUACAAAUGCCUAACGCAGAACAGGUUGACGGAAACUAUUCCUAGUCACUCCAUUCUUCAGAGUUCCGCUGCAUUCCCAGUUCCUCCUCCUCCGUCCUCUGGCCUUCAUCUUGUGAAAGAUCCCAAACUCCAAUUCCAUUUCUUUCCUACCCCCUUAAUAAGCAAACCUGUUUGUGUGUAUAGUUCUUUACAGGAAACACGAAUUUUGGUUUCUGUGCUGGUCUUCUCGCCUAGUUUUCUAGCUUAAUAGCUAACAAAACGAAAUCUGAAUGUAUUUUUCCCUUAAGUAUGUCAAGUACCUCAGCUGAGAAGUCACAAAUUCAAUAAGAAAAAGGCUUGACAACUCAAACCAGACAUCUUGCUGGAAUUUGUCUCUGAAUGCUUGAGAGCCCUAUUACCCUCGGCCACCUUCAGCAUGACCCUGACUGGAUUGUUUGGGGCUAGUUUGCGCGUUUCCUUCUGCAGCAGCAGUUAGGGACGCGACCUUCCCUCUUCAGUUCUAGUCUCCUCCUUCCCAGCCUCUCUGCCGCUUACUAACGGUGUCAGCAUCUCUCUCCCCAACCCUAAUACGCCUGUUCUAGGGAUUUUGGCCUCAUUUCCAAACAGACCCCAUACAGACGGUGACACAGAACUCAGGCCUAGAAAACAUUGGCUUUAAUGCACAUUUAUCAAAUUUGUGAUUUUUCUGACAUGAAAGCAAAAAUAUGUUAACCAGAAAUAAUUAAUUCUUUAUGGAUAUAAAAUACUUGGUAAUGUUUAGUCUUUUGUUGGAAUUUUAUUGGGAAAAUAUCUCUACAAAUUUACACGUACAAUCCUCUGAUUAUAACCCAAAUCAUUUCUUAACCCUUUCAUUACUUAUGCAAAUAUUCGGUUGAAUUUUACAAUAUAGUAAAGUGGGUAUAAUGUGUGUCAUUUUUAUUAUCUAAAAUGUGUAAUUCUGUGUGGCUGAUACACUUUUCUAUUUAUUCAAAUUGAAUAUGAAUACUAGAACAACCUCUGCCUACACUGUAUUUCAAUUGUUAUUCCUUCCAAUUGUAUGUGAUAACAGUGGUGUAUUAUAAGAAAAUGUAGUACCUAAAAAUUUGAAUUUACAUAGAUAAAUUUGAAAGU